AUGGCAGCAGCUGAAGUUAUCGCAAAUCAGAAUGUGGUGGAGAGGGUGACCAGCCUACCUCUGGUGAGCUCCACCUACAGUUUGGUGUUCAACGUGUAUUCCAACACCAAAGACAACCAUCCCUACAUCAGGACGGUGUGUGAGGCUGCGGAGCAGGGCGUUCGCACCAUCACCUCUGUGGCCCUCACCACUGCUUCACCCAUCAUCGGCAAGCUGGAACCACAGAUUGCCAUUGCCAAUGACCUGGUCUGUAAAGGUUUGGACAGGAUUGAGAAAACUUUGCCAAUUCUCCAUCAGCCUUCGCAGCAGAUUGUUUCCAGUGCCAAAGAUGUUGUGACCAACGCCAAAGAUGCGGUGACAGGCACAGUGUCUGGUGCCAAAGACACGGUCUCCGGCACUCUGAGCAGCGUUGUGGAGAAAACCCGAGGCGCGGUGCAGGACGGGAUGGAGAAGACCAAAGCUGUCGUCAGUGGGAGUGUGAGCACAGUGCUGGAAAGCAGAGUUGUGCAAUUGGUCAGCACUGGGGUGGACACAGCCCUCAGCACAUCCGAGAGCCUCGUGGAGCAGUACCUUCCCCUGUCACAGGAUGAGCUGGAGCUGGAGGCUAAAGCUGUGAAAGGCUUCGACAAUAAAGAGCCCAGCUAUUAUGUCCGCCUGGGUUGCCUUUCUACAAAGCUCAGAAAGAGAGCUUACAUCAGAGCCGUGGCCAGAAUACGAGAUGGCAAGCAGCGCAUUACUGAACUCAACUCUACUGUUGAUCUGAUUGAAUAUGGCAGGAAAAACUUAGAUGGGGCUAACCAGAUUGUGAACCACAAGUUACAGUCCUUGGUGUCAUGGGGGUCCAGUGGCCCUACACAGGAGAAUGGACACCAGGCUGAGGAGAUAGAGUCUCGCACUUUGAACCUCGCGCGUUCCCUCACACAGCAGCUCCAGACAACCUGCCUGGUCCUGGUCUCCGGCCUGCAGGGGCUGCCCAACAACAUCCAGCAGGAGGCGCUCUCCCUCAGCCACUCGGCCGCACAGGUCUACAGCAGCUUCAGCAAAGCCAGGGUCCUGGGAGACCUGCCCGACCAGGCGUUGGUCACCAGCAAAAUGCAGCUGGGCAAAAUGAGAGAGUCCCUGGACAACGUCAUGGAUUACCUGGUCAACAACACGCCACUCAACUGGCUGGUGGGGCCCUUCUACCCCCGGAUGGGUCCCGAGAAGAGUCACAGAUCAUCUGCGGCCAGCCCACAAUCGGCACUGCCAAGCCCUCCUGUCAUCCAGCCACAAGCCGAGAACAUGGAAGUGGAGAUGGUGUCUCUUCAAUGCCAGCAGCAGUCCACUCUAACUCUGCAUUACGAGUCUCACUAA